AUGUCAUUCAGAGGAAUCCACCACCUGAAACGCGAGGAAGUGAAGAAGGCGACUCAAUUGGGUAUAAAGCAUCAGAAGCCCACAUCUGCCCCUCGCACUUCACAGCUGAUCAAAACAAACGCGCAUGCAGACACCGGACCUGUUAUUUGAUUUCUACUGGAUUUAUCCUUUGGCACAGUCCACUCAGUGCAUCCUCGGACACGCGGCUCUUUUUUUAAGUGAAUGACUCCUCAUACAGCUCUAUACUGGAAUUAACUCACAGUAACCCUGCGUUUGGCGCACCUGUUACCUCCACGGAGCGCCGAACCAUCAUGAUCCCUCCUGGAGACUGCAUGUACGCGGGCAGGAAGCGGAGGAAGCCCAUCCAAAAACAGAAGCCUUCGUCUGCCAAUGAGAAGACCAAUCCUUCGAAGAGACACAGGGACAGGCUGAACGCAGAGCUGGACCGCCUGGCCAACCUGCUCCCCUUCCCCCCGGACGUCAUCUCCAAACUGGACAAACUCUCCGUGCUCCGGCUGGCUGUGUCCUACCUCCGCGUCAAGAGCUUCUUCCAAGCAAACCAAGACAAGAGCUCCAGAAAGCACGCGAUCCACACCAACCAUGAACCCAGGAAAGACAGCUCCCCCAUGGGCUCCAUUGUGAACGAGAGCAGCCUCCUCCUGGAAUCUCUCACCGGGUUUGCUUUGGUGGUGAGCAGUGAUGGCAUGGUCUUCUAUGCCUCCUCAACCAUCGUCGACUAUCUGGGAUUUCAUCAGACUGACGUGAUGCACCAGAAUGUUUUCGACUACAUCCACAUUGACGACAGACAGGAGUUCAGACGACAGCUGCACUGGGCCAUGUGUCCUCCAGCUCACCAGGGGGCGCAGUCAAACCAGGACAACCCACUGCCAACCACCACUGGUGAGGAGUACGUGGUGAGUAGCCUGUUCCACUCUCCGGAGGCGGGGGGCAUACCUGCAGAAAUGUCCCCCUUUCUCAACAGAUGUUUCAUAGCUAGGGUCCGAUGUCUUCUGGACAGCACCUCUGGCUUUCUGACCAUGCAGUUCCAGGGUCGCCUGAAGUUCCUCCACGGACAGAAGAAGAAGUCGGGGUCCGGCGCUCUCUUGCCCCCCCAGCUGGCUCUGUUCUGCAUUGCGGUGCCUCUGCUGCUGCCCUCCAUCACCGAGAUGAAGAUGAAAAACAUGUUACUGAGAGGCAAGACCAAGGGAGGGGGCUUCUCUGGACUGGAGCAUGGUGAGCGCGGGGAGAACCUCAGAAGACACCCAUACUCUGGUGGGAUGGGUGACAUUUCCGACCCCCUGCUCCUCCCGUGCCCCACCCCGGGACCCACCCAACGGAGCCACCACACCCCCUGGACCCCCCUCUCCAAGGACAACCUCAAAUACCGUCCCGAUGGAUACUACAACCAGGAAGAGCCGCUAAACUACUGCAAAUCCUCUAUGGGUCAUCAUCAAAAAGGGGCGUGGCCUCUGAGAUCUUCCGGUCCAGUCAGAGGAGGUGUCGGCUACAUCCCUCCCAAUCGCUUGAAGGGCGGCCAUUUUGGAAAACCAUACCGCUAUUCUCCCAGUUGCCAUAACAAUCGAGGUGGCGAAGUUUUCGUCUCCAAGCUCUACGGUAACGUCCAAAUCCCGUCUGAUCCCGAUGCGUAUUGCGUGGAUUUAGUGAAAAGCGAAAACGGCUACGGCGAAUGCUACGAUGGUCACAUGAUGCCAGAGAUGCCGCCAAUCAAAGUCGAGCACGAUUCGGAUUCAGAGAACGGUUGCGACGUCUACGGGCGACCUUACGAAAACUACGACCGGCGCUAUAACAACAGCGGGAUCUACGACCAUAGCAAUCUCCAGCUCAAAUCCGAAGCCGACUAUUACGACCCCCAAUACUCGCCGUGCCAGAGGACGAAGGCGGGGAUCAGUCCACCGUAUAACCAUAGCAACAACUACCAAAACUACGCCGUGAACAACCGCCUGGCGAAAUGCAACAAGGAAAUGUCCGAUAGCCAUUUCAGCCCCCACAGACUUCCCUAUAAUAAUGACUCUCUAUGCAACAAUCAGUCUGUUAACCUCAUGGACAACAACGCCUACCAAUCUACUCAGGACAAUCACAAGCAGUACAUGGACUACAACGGCAAGCACAACAACACCUACGAGUUCAAAGGUCACGGUUUGAUUCACUCGAUCAAGCGGGAGCCCAUGGAUUCUCCCCCCUGGUCCGAAAAUGAGAUGACCCAGGCCAUGAUGGUGGGGCAGAGGAAUCAUUUGCCUUGUGUAAUGAGUACAGGGCAACACAAAGCUACCCCCUAUGUGUACAUGCCCUAAAGAAACUUCACAAAAGCAGUACCCUCUUUUUACACACAAACGCACUGAUCAGGCAAAAUGGUAUGACUACGAACGACUGAAGUCAAAAGUGCACUAUGUAACUUUUUGUCAUGUCAUUGCUCUGCCUGGAAUGUUCCACAGUAUGACAUUAAACCGUUCUACUUUACAUUUAUGGCAUUACAUUCAGUUACAAGUGGUUUCACUGCUCAGAAGAAUCUAGAAAAACAGGCAUUCUGACUGUGGGGUUGCCUCUCCAGAGAUCUGACUGUAACUUUGUCUGGUUCGGUCUCCAUGAAGAUAGAAAGAUUUAAUGCCAAACUGUGAAACAUUCCAGACAAAGCAAUAACAUUUCCAUGGAGAAAAGCAUUUGGCGGAUCCUCCACAAGAAAAGUUACACACUGCACCUUUAAGUAUAGGAUGUUAGACUGUGAGCAAGUUUUUACGUGUUUGAAGUAGGCAAAAAAUUGGUAAGAAUUUAAGUUUAAAAUUGAUAUAUUCAGACAAGACAGAUUCUUUUUAAAAGCUUAAAGGUACACUGCAUAACUUUACUGGUAGAGGGUCCACCACCUGCUUGUACAGAGAUGUUAUUGCUUUGGAUUGGAAUGUUCUGCUACAGUAUGGCGUAUUUAUCUUCAUGGAGAAGUCACCAGGCCAAGUUACAGGUCAGAUCCGUGCAGAGAUGACCCCAGUGACAGUAGGAAUGCAUGUUUCUGUGAUAUUUUACUACUGAAAGAAAUAAAUGCUGGAUAGAUGUUUAAUGCCAUACUGUGUAACAUUCCAGGCAAAGCAGUAUCACGAAGACAAGCAAGUGACAGACCAGAAAAGUUCCAAGUGCACCUUUAGUCUCUAGUUCAAUUAGAAACAAAUACGUGCUCACACAGGAAUAUUGAGAAACCUGAAAGCUGAAAACUGCAGCUUGUGACUGAAGAUGAAAUAUCUCAUAUAUACCUUAAUUAUUCAGAGUGAACUUUUUAACUUGAUGCAGCUGAAAUUUAUGCUGCAUUUCAGUCUAAUUUCAAAAUUGCCUAAGCCACAGUGUUAAUUUUGAUUCUAGAUGAACCGUAUAUUUCUAUGUGUUAUACUUCAGUCGUACAGGUAGGGUCCAUAAGCAUAGUAGGAGUUUCUUUAGUCCUGUCAGAACUGAAGAACUUAAAUGGAUAACUAACCCUUCUUUCACCAUACAUUUCUGAUCUGGAUUAGUUAAAGGUGCAUUGUGUAACUUUUCUGGUGGAGAGUCACCUGCUUGUUUCUAUGGAGAUGUCAUUGCUCUGCCUGGAGUGUUUCACAGUUUGUCAUUAAACAGCUCAACCUUACAUUUAUUCAAUUACAAGUGAUUUUAUUGCUCAAAAAUACCUAGAAAAACACAAACAAAGGCAUUCUGAUCAUGAGCAGUGCUGCCUCUCCACAGAUCUGACCUGUAACUUGGUCUGUUUUGGCCUCCAUGAAGAUAAAAUGUUUAAUGCCAUACUGUGAAACAUUCCAGACAAAGAAGUAACAUUUGCAUGGAGAAAAGCAUAAAAGAAAAGUUACACAAUGCACCUUUAACUGACUUGUCAGUCAGCUUCAUCAGAACUUGGGGUGGUUGAGACAAGAAUCUAGACUAUUUGAACAAAAAAUUACUAUUAGCUGGCUAAACUAACCAGAACUUUACGAAAAUGCAGGUUUUGGAGGAUUGCUAAGUCAGUAAUGGUCAAUAUCUAUUACAAGGAUUGGUCAAUUACUUUAAAUUACCAAUAGCAUCGUAUGGGACCGUAUGGAACUGCAGAUUAGCCAGGUGGUCAUAUUGUUUUGCCUGAUACGUGUAUGUAUGCAUUAUUGUGUUGUUAUAGUUGUCACACCAGCUUUAUCUAAGACAAUCAAGUCAAUUCUCUUCACUUCAGAGGAAGAGAAUCAGGCUCAGGUUCUUGUUUUCGUGUUGUGACAAUCUGAAAAUACAAUUUAAAAUCCUGUUAUGGAUCGAUGAUGUUUUUAAAGAGUACAUUUUGUAGUUGUCUCCAAGCACUUUUUGGAUUUUAGUGAUAAUGAGGCAAAAUAAUGUCUAGAAACACGAUUCUGUUUUGUUACAUGUGUUGUGCACAUCUGGAUCUUUGAAGAAUUUGCUGUAAAAAUACUUAUUUGACAAUAUAAAUAAGAGGAGACAUAAAACUACAGAGGGCCUGUUCUAGCUCUGAGUAUUGUGUCCAAGAAUUUAAGCCCAAUUAAUUCCACUUUACUUCUUCAUUUAAUCCUGUACAAUAUUACAUACAAUAAAACAGGUUUGUAGUUACAACUUGACAACAUAAAAAGAUAACUGCAAGAUUAUAACUACAAAUACUGUGUAAUCUGGUACUAAUUUACCAAAAUACAUAAACUCUACACGCCAAUAAUAUUUAAUACAGAUGGGGACAGCUAAAAUUAAUAUUGAGAAUUCGAGAAUUUACAAAGUACAAUGUAAUCAAUAGAUACUUUGCAGUGACAUCAAGCUGGGGGGGUUCAGCAUGUAUGUAUAUGGCGGUAUGUAUAGUCUGAAACUCAAGAAGAAAUACUAAAUGGAUUUAAACAACACAUUUUCAGAAGUCUGUGAUCAAUACGAGUGCUCAAGAUCCUCUUUAGGAGUUUCAAGUAAGUCUAAAGUCUAAGUCUAAAGUCUAAAUCGAGCUUUAGACAGAGCAGAGCCUACAGUUAGCAUCACACAAACAGGGAAUGUUUAUGACAUCAGCUGCAAAGUAUCAAUAGGAAAAAUCGCCUCUUGCCCCCAUCUGAGAGUCUGAAAUCAUCACAUUGUAGAACUGAAAACCCACAAAUUCUAAAUAGAGAAGUGUAAAAUACAUCCAGUCCUCUGCACUAUGUCAGAUUUGGCAUUCGGACUUGAUGCAGGCCUUUGUAUAUUUGAUAUCGUCUUCUCCAGAAACAUCAAAACUUUCACAAUCAGUAUUUUUGCACAAAUCAAAUAAAUGCACCAAAUUGACUCAGUAAAGGUGAAGCAUUUGUAGUUAAAUUGCACUACUCAUUUGAAGUUCAGUCCAGACACGCACAACUCUCUGUCUUUCUAUCUUUGUGUGUUCAUUUGGAUAAACAUGUUUGCUGAUUUGUAUUUAUUGUAAAGUGUAUAAUUUAAACUAACUACAGUUUGAAGGCUUUCUGUUACAUAAUGAGUUAAAUACUUUGCUUUUUUCUCGACAUCUUUUUGAUAUUUGUUUUAAAAAAGGACAGUUUGUCUCAAGGAGGCGGUAGCUGCAAGGUAGCGCACACAGUGUACAUAAGCAGUGUCUUCCAAUGUUUCUAUGUGUUUUUGCAAAUGGACUUGUCUAUUAAAACAUUUCUUUACAUGGAA